AAAUUUCGUAGUUCAAUUGUGUGUGAUUUUAAAUAAUUUGCAAACAGUUACCUCCUCAUUCGAUUUAAAUCCUCGUCAUUUUCCCAAAGAUUUCCUCUGGGGUGUUGGAUCCUCAUCGUAUCAAAUCGAGGGUGGUUGGAAUGCCGAUGACAAAGGUGAAUCGAUAUGGGACCAUAUGACCCAUAAUCAUCCCGAAAAGAUAGCCGAUCGUUCAAAUGGUGACAUAACAUCGGACAGUUAUCAUCAGUGGCGUCGCGACGUUCAAAUGGUCCGUGAGCUGCAUGUGAAAACCUAUCGCUUUUCCAUAUCCUGGCCAAGGAUAAUGCCCGGUGGCCAUAUGAAUCAGGUCAGUACGGCUGGCAUCAAAUACUAUAGUGGCCUGAUCGAUGAGCUGCUGCACUACAACAUUACGCCCAUGGUCACCAUGUAUCAUUGGGAUUUGCCACAACGCCUACAGGAGUUAGGCGGUUGGACAAAUCCCGAAAUUAUUCCACUAUUCAAGGAUUACGCCCGCCUUCUGCUAGAGAUGUUUGGUGAUCGCGUGAAAAUAUGGACUACCAUUAAUGAACCAUGGCAUGUUUGUGAACAUGGUUAUGGUGUCGAUUAUAUGGCACCGGCAUAUAAUUAUCCCGGAAUACCGGCAUAUCUGUGUGGUCAUAAUCUGUUGAAGGCCCAUGCCGAAGUGGUGCAUAUGUAUCGGGCGGAAUAUAAGAAACGUCAGGGUGGACGUAUGGGUAUCACACUGGAUACAUCGUGGAUGGAACCUAAGUCUAAUUCUCAGGAAGAUCAUGAGGCUUCGCAAAGGGCUUUGGAAUUCUAUGUUGGUUGGUUUGGCCAUCCGAUUUUCUCCAUCCAUGGCAACUAUCCAGCCACCAUGAUUGAUCGCAUUCGCAAUCUAAGUAAGGAACAGGGUUUUACACGCUCUCGUCUACCCGAAUUUACCAAAGAGGAGAUUCAACGAAUCCGUGGCACCGCCGACUUCUUUGGCAUCAACACCUACACUACCUCACUGGUGACCAGUAAUGAUCACAACAAUUCGGCAAAGUUUCCCAUACCUUCAUUUAAUCAUGACAUGGGUGUGGUGGAGUCCCAGGAUCCCAAUUGGCCGGGAUCGGGUUCGGUGUGGCUUAGGGUCUAUCCCAAGGGCAUCUACAAUCUCUUGAUGUGGAUCAAAAAGGAAUACAAUAACCCACCGAUGAUUGUAACGGAAAGCGGUACCAGUGAUCGUGGUGGCCUGGAGGAUUACGCACGCGUCGACUACUACAAUCAGUAUUUGAAUUUCGUAUUGGAUGCCCUGGAAGAUGGUGCUAAUGUUCAGGGUUAUAUUGCCUGGAGUCUAAUGGACAGCUAUGAGUGGAAGGCUGGAUUUACGGAAAAAUUCGGUUUAUAUCAUGUCGAUUUCAAUGAUCCCCAUCGCAGACGUACCCCAAAAAUAUCGGCUCGCGUUUUUGCACACAUCUGUAAGACGAAUCGUAUCGAUUGGAAUUAUCGACCAAAAUUGGACGAGGAACAAAUUACGGCCAUGGCUCGUCUACCCGCAACGGAGACAACCAGCAGCUCUGGUUAUAGUCUGAGACAACGAAAUAUUUUGCGUAAUUUACUGGGUCAAAGCUUGUCAUUAGUUGUAGCUCUCUUAACAUUAGCCAAAUAUUUUAUUUAA